CCCCUCCCCUCCCAGCAGGGGGAAAAAAAAGAAAAAAAUGUCGCUGUCAAAAGGAGGUAAGAAAAAGAGCAGGGGACUGAAGUUAUCGAAGGAAGUUUUUGAGCAACCACAGGCCAGCCCCACUCCACCGAGAGACCUGGAUUCAAAGGCCUGUAUUGCUAUAGGUGAGAAGAAUUUCGAAGUGAAAGCCGAUGACCUGGAGCCGUUAUCGGAGCUGGGCCGCGGUGCGUACGGGGUCGUCGAGAAGAUGCGGCACACACCCAGUGGUACACUAAUGGCUGUCAAGAGGAUCCGUGCCACCGUGAAUAGUCAAGAGCAGAAGCGGUUGCUGAUGGACCUUGAUAUUUCCAUGCGUACAGUAGACUGUCCCUUCACUGUUACCUUCUAUGGAGCACUUUUUCGUGAGGGAGAUGUGUGGAUUUGCAUGGAGCUAAUGGACACUUCGCUGGACAAAUUCUAUAAACAAGUGAUCGACAAAGGAAUGACUAUCCCGGAAGAUAUCUUAGGAAAAAUCGCAGUUUCUAUUGUGAAGGCUUUGGAACAUCUUCACAGCAAGCUGUCUGUGAUUCACAGGGAUGUGAAGCCGUCCAAUGUCCUGAUUAACGUCCAAGGCCAGGUUAAGAUGUGUGACUUUGGCAUUAGUGGCUACCUCGUAGAUUCAGUAGCUAAAACCAUGGAUGCAGGUUGCAAGCCAUACAUGGCUCCAGAGCGAAUUAACCCGGAGGUGAAUCAGAAGGGCUACAGUGUUAAGUCUGACAUCUGGAGUCUGGGAAUCACCAUGAUUGAGAUGGCGAUCUUGCGAUUCCCAUAUGAUUCAUGGGGCACCCCUUUCCAGCAGCUCAAACAGGUGGUGGAAGAGCCUUCUCCCCAGCUUCCCGCUGACAGAUUCUCCAAAGAGUUUGUCGACUUCAGUGCCAAGUGCUUAAAGAAAAAUUCCAAAGACAGACCAACCUAUGCAGAACUUAUGCAACAUCCCUUCUUCACACUGCACGAAUCCAAAGACACGGAUGUGGCAUCGUUUGUGAAGCUUAUUUUGGGAGAUUGAAAGAUUCCCGUACUAUACAACGGCUUCUGCCAUUGGUCCAUCUACAUGUUCUGCUUUGGGAUGAAGUCACAGGAUAUUUUCUGUCAGUGUUGAUCUUGGAAAAUAUAUCAAGAGUUUUCAGAGUAACUCUGGCCAUUGGCAAGAACUGGGUGGGGGGAAAUCUUUAGUAAACUUGUGCAGCUGAAAAGAGAGAGCCCAGUAUCUGCUCCUCUAGAUGUCUGAGUGGUACUGUGGAGUCCUUUCAAAAACCUUUGUCAAUAAUUUUCGACUGACUUGCAAAAACCAAUAAUUGGGAGUAGGUUUUUUUUUUAAUAAUUUGUUUUUUUUUAAUUUAAGUGAAUAGUGGGUUAUGUUCUCAUAAUUAUCUGCAAAGCCUUCACUGUGUGACUGUGAUGAAGACUUGCAUUGCCUCAGACUUUGGUCUCUUAAAGGCCACGUUAGCUUCUGAAGUUGUAGAAUUUUGAUGCAAGGCUGCAUUGUGUGUGCAAGCGUGUGUGUGUGUAUUUUUAAAUAGGUGCACUGAAAAUUGCGUGAUUGCAGGCAAACCAAUGGGUGUGAAGGCAACCAGUUUAAAUGGGAGGUGCUAUGGUGGAGCCAGCUUUUGGCUUAACACGUCUACCCCUUCCUUUGCCUACGUAUGGUGUGACUUUUGUUUGUGUAUAAAUAAUGUGAUGUGUAAAUAUAUGCUCACUUCCAUAAGAGUAACUCUGGACACACCGAGGUAAUGAUCCACCCCCAUAAAUUGUACUCUGGACAGAUUAGUUCCAUGCAGUCAAAAUCUAUCUGAAUCUUUUUUGUAUUUUCACCAACAGUGCUAAAUUCUGCACUAACAAAAAGUGA